AUGUCUGGGGGAAACUUUGCAACGAUCCCAUUGACUAUCCUUCUGAAAUCAACUGGAGCAGUUGUUAAAGAAACAUACAUGCUGCUUCGAAUAAUCAAUAAUUCCGAUUCCAAUCUAGUGCAUGUAAUUGGAGCCUGUGAAGAAGGUGUGUUCGAUACACACUUAAGCCAGCUCAAGAUCAAACGUGCGAAGACGAAGGGUGACUUGCUGGACGAAAAAUGGCUAGGUAUCACAUCUGUAUUGUUUACCGGUGACUUCUUGAGCAAUGAGGAGCUCCCGAAAGAGUUUGAGAACAUUCUGUUUGCGGGAAAGUUAACUUCUCUGGAACAAUAUGACGAGGUUACUGGAGACUUGGUUGGAGACGAAUUGGCAGAGGAGGUGCCGGAGUUCGAGCUCAGUAUAUGUUCCAAAGGCAUUUUACUGGUUACUUAUGGCACGUUCCAGCUUCCGCUUCGAGCCACGGACGAGCUCUCGGGUGUGGAGAGGCAGGACUAUGAUGUGCUUCAAUGGGUCCGGUGGCAGACAGAGCAGAUUCGAGAGUUGAAAAGACGCUACAUUCAAGCCGAUAAAUGUGCUCUAGAGCACAAGCAGAUUGCUGCGAUCAAGGAGGACGAAAUCCAAGAUAUGACCAAGGAUUAUAGGGUCAUCAUUCGAGAUCUCGAGGACCGCUUUUUCCAAGUGCUUGAGAGCAAGAAGAGGAAGAUUCGGGAGUUGGAGGGCGAGGAUCGGUCGGAUUUGGAGCUUUUGAAUCUUGAGUACAAGAAACGCAAUGCACAGAACUUGAACCAUGUGAAUAUUGAAGAUAUAGUGUUGGGGGAUGUACAGAAGGAGAUAGACAAGCCACAGAGGAAGAGGGCCAAGAAGACUAAGAAGGAGGAGAAGGAGAUGGAGGAAAUCAAAGAGGAGGAAACUGAUGAGGAAGUUGAAAUGGAAUAUGACAAAAAUGAAGAUAAUCCAAAUGAAGAGAGUGAAGCUGAAGACGAGGAGAGUGAAGCUGACGAAGAUGAAAGUGACAAUGAUAAUGAUAAUAACGAUGAUAAUAACGAUGAUAAUAACGAUGAUAAUGAAAUUGAAGAAGUCAAUGAACAGCAAGACAUUGACCCACAGACCUCACCUGAGGUCAAAGCAGAACAAAACUCACAUGUCCGCGAUGAUGUAUCUGAUGCAACGAUGUACUCAGAAUCUGAAGACAAAGCAUCCGCAGAUGCAGCAAGCACAGAAUAUGAAUCGGAUGAAGGGAUUGAAACCAAAGAUGUCACGGGCUCAAAAGAUUUCAACGAUGAUCAAGACCAAGACCAAGACCAAGACACCGACUACGGAUCAGAAUGA